AUGGACGACGACGGCGACGGCCUAAAAAACCUCUUCCAAGACCGCGCGCUAGCUUUCAUGUUCGUCGCCGCUGCGACGGUCGCCAUCGUCAUCACGACUUAUCACCUCGUCACCGUCUGUUUCUGCAACCGCUGGCGACCUCGGCGAGACGAUCAAAACUCGCUGCGGUUAGCGCCGCCGGCCUCGCUGACCAGCGCCCAACGGAUCCUGGCGGCGGAGCUCAUCCCAGCGCACAAGUUCCGGAAAGGCGACUGCGACGACGCCGUUUGCGCGGUUUGCCUGAGCGAGUUCGAGGAGGGCGAGGAGAUGCGGGCUCUGCCCGGUUGCGCUCACGCGUUCCACGCGCCGUGCAUCGACAUUUGGCUGUUCUCGCACUUGACUUGCCCGAUCUGCCGCGCCGAUGCCACCGCAUCGCCAGUCAUGCUCCGUUCGCCGGAGACACCAGAAGAGGUGGCGGAGACGAGGCUUGAUAUUGGGAUUGUGGAAGAAGACAUUGCCAUGAUUCAGUCUAGGAGAUCAUCGCCCUGA